AUGGCCACCCCAGCAGCCCUCUCCAGCGCCAUGUUUAGCACCUCUUUUGCUCGCCGAAAGCCAGCGACGAGCCUACGGGCUCUUCCCAACGUGGGGCAGGCUCUUUUUGGCUUAAAAGCCAGUCGGGGAGGACGUGUUAAAGCAAUGGCAACAUACAAAGUGAAGCUUAUCACUCCUAAUGGUGAAGAAGAGUUUGAAUGCCCUGAUGACACGUACAUCCUUGACUACGCCGAGGAGGCGCAUGAUAUUGACCUCCCAUACUCUUGCAGGGCUGGUGCUUGCUCUUCAUGUGCUGGCAAGAUUGUGGAAGGGAGUGUGGAUCAGUCUGAUGCUACCUUCCUUGACAAUGACCAGCUAGAGGCGGGUUGGGUUCUUACUUGUGUUGCUUAUCCUACCUCUGAUGUUGUCAUUGAGACGCACAAAGAGGAGGAGCUUGCUGCUUAA